AGCCAGAGCCGAGGAUCCCUUCCUAGCGGCGCGGCGUAGAGUAGCCAGCCAAUCACACUCAGCGACUCACUAUAUAAACCCAGGCCGCCAGUGCAGAAACACGCCGUUCUGACAGUUUAGGAUCAUCGUUUGUCUUUCUGGGCAGAACGAAAAUGUCGGAGACUGCUCCAGUUCCUCCUACCGCUCCUGCACCCGUAGAAAAAACACCUGUUAAGAAGAAAGCGAAGAAGGCAGGCACAACAGUUGGGAAACGCAGGGCGUCCGGGCCCUCGGUGUCCGAGCUCAUCACCAAGGCAGUCGCCGCUUCCAAGGAGCGCAGCGGCGUAUCUUUGGCUGCGCUCAAGAAGGCGCUGGCGGCCGCCGGCUACGACGUGGAGAAGAACAACAGCCGCAUCAAGCUGGGCCUUAAGAGCCUGGUGAGCAAGGGCACCCUGGUGCAGACUAAGGGCACCGGCGCUUCCGGCUCCUUUAAGCUCAACAAGAAAGCGGCUUCCGGGGAAGACAAGCCCAAAGCCAAGAAACCGGUUGUGGCCAAGCCCAAGAGGCCCGCGGGGACGACCAAGAAGCCCAAGAGGGCAAUGGGCGCGGCCCCUCCUAAGAGCACCAAGAAGGCCCCGAAGAAGGCGAAGAAGCCAGCUACCGCUGCUGGGACCAAGAAAGUGAGCAAGAGCUCGAAAAAGGUGAAAGCAGGUAAACCGAAGAAAGCAGCGAAGAGUCCAGCCAAAGCCCCUAAGCCUAAAGCAGCUAAGCCGAAAACUGCCAAACCCAAGACUACAAAAGCAAAGAAGUCUGCGCCUAAGAAGAAGUAAAGUUGUAGCGGGACGUCCGGUUUGAGAAUCUCAAAGGCUCUUUUCAGAGCCACCCA